UCUCACCACAGAGUGACCCUUGAUUGCCUCCUCAAGUUGAAGACACCAUGCUGCCUCCCAUGGCCCUGCCCAGCGUGUCCUGGAUGCUGCUCUCCUGCCUCAUGCUCCUGUCUCAGGUCCAAGGUGAGGAUCCCCAGCAGGAACUGCCCUUACCGCGGAUCAGCUGUCCCAAAGGCUCCAAGGCCUAUGGCUCCCACUGCUAUGCCUUGUUUACGUCACCAAAAUCCUGGAUAGAUGCAGAUCUGGCCUGCCAGAAGCGGCCCUCUGGAAAUCUGGUGUCUGUGCUCAGCGGGGCGGAGGGAUCAUUCGUGUCCUCUCUGGUCAAGAGCGUUAAUCACCACUAUUCGUACGUCUGGAUUGGUCUUCAUGACCCCACACAGGGUGCCGAGCUUGGUGGAGAUGGAUGGGAGUGGAGUAGCACUGAUGUGAUGAAUUACUUCGCAUGGGAGAAAAAUCCCUCCACCAUCACAAACCCUGGCCACUGUGGGAGCCUGUCAAGAAGCACAGGAUUUCUGAAGUGGAAAGAUUAUAACUGUGAUUCAACGUUACCCUAUGUCUGCAAGUUCAAGGUCUAGGGCAGAAGUCAGCCACCUGAGUUUGGUGUGAGGCUCAUCAUGAGCAUAAGACCAGAGUGAAGACUACCUUGAAAGUGAAUAUGCUCCCCAAACACCUGACCACCUCGUCAUGAUCCACCUUCUUUUUCCUUUCUCCUCACCUUCAUUUUAAGCUCUUCUUUGUCUUCCAUGUCCUAAGACCUCAGAGAAUAAUAAUAAAAAUGUGACUUUAUAC